CCCCCUCUACUCUCAUACAAACCCAACUCUUCUUCUUCUUCUUCGCAUAGUUUUCAUUUCUCUUCGAAUUUAUCGUUUUAUUCUUUUCCAUUCGAGAAUCGGUAUAUAUGGCGGAAGAGACUAAGGCACCCGCUCAGGAAACGCCGGCUGCCCAAGAAGUGGCGGCGGCGGCGCCGGAAGCAGCCGCAGCUGCUGAGCCGACCCCCGAGCCUGAGCCGGAGAAGACGACUUCGGAGGAGAAGGAGACGGAGAAGGCUGCGGUUACGGAGUCGGCUUCGUUUAAGGAGGAGAGUAAUAAGGUGGAGGAGCUUCCCAACCCGGAGAAGAAGGCGUUGGAUGAGUUUAAGGCUUUGGUUCAGGAGGCUUUGAACAACCACGACUUUACGGCUAAGCCGCCGGCUAAGGAGGAGGAGAAAAAACCCGAACCAGAAGAGCAACCCAAGGCUGAGGAGAAGAAGGAAGCCGAAGCGGAAGAGCAACCCAAGCCUGAGGAUACGAAAGAAUCCGAGGCUGCUGCCCCGGAGCCCGAGCCUGUGGUGGACGAGAAAAAAGAAACCACCCCACCCGCCCCGGAAACGCCGCCCAAGGCGGCGGAGGAGAAAAAGGAGGAAGUGAAAGAGAAAGAAACUCCGCCGCCGCCCACGCAGGCGCCGGCGCCGGAGCCGUCGGAGGUUGUCGAGAAACUCGAAGAAAAACCCGCCGCCGCAGCUCCGGCGGAGGUAAUCAAGGAAACCAUCGUCGAGGUGGCCGCAACGGAGGAACCCUCCACCGUGGAAGAACCAAAAACCGAAGAAAUCGCCCCGCCGGUUCCCGAAGAGGUCUCCAUCUGGGGAAUCCCUCUCCUCGCCGACGAGCGCAGCGACGUAAUCCUCCUCAAAUUCCUCCGGGCCCGCGAUUUCAAGGUAAAAGACGCCUUCUCCAUGCUCAAAAACGUCGUCGCAUGGCGCAAGCAGUUCAAAUCCGACUCCCUCCUAGAAGAACCGGAGCUAGGUCAGGGCCUAGACAAGGUCGUCUACAUGCACGGAGUGGACAAAGAAGGCCACCCAAUCUGCUACAAUGCGUUCGCAGAGUUUCAGGACAAAGAAUUGUAUCAAAGCACCUUCGCUGACAAGGAAAAGCUCAACAAUUUCCUGCGAUGGAGGAUUCAAUUCAUGGAGAAAUCCAUCAGGAAUCUCGAUUUCACCCCUGAAGGAAUCAAUACCUUUGUUCAGGUCAUUGAUCUCAAAAACUCCCCCGGACUUUUCUUCUUCAAGAAAGAGUUCCGACAGGCCACCAACCGGGCCCUCCAGCUGCUCCAAGACAAUUAUCCUGAAUUUGUUGCCAAACAGGUAUUCAUCAAUGUUCCUUGGUGGUAUCCGGCCUACUAUAAGAUGAUCAAUGCACUUUUCACCACAAGGACAAAGAGCAAGUUUGUCUUUGCAGGCCCUUCCAAAUGCGCUGAGACACUCUUCAAGUAUAUUGCCCCGGAGCAAGUGCCUGUUCAGUAUGGCGGGCUUAGCAGAGAGGGCGAUUACGAGUUCACCACUGGUGACCCUGCAACCGAGGACACUAUAAAGCCAACUUCCAAGCACACUAUUGAGUUCCCCGUUACUGAGAAGUGCACAUUGGUUUGGGAGGCGAGAGUGAUAGGUUGGGAUGUGGCCUAUGGGUCCGAGUUUGUGCCUGCUGCUGAAGGCGCAUACACCAUCAUCGUGGAGAAAUCGCGGAAAAUUGGACCGGCUGAUGAGACGAUAAUCAGCAACACUUACAAAACUGAUUGUGCCGGGAAAGUGGUGCUCACAUUUGACAACCAAACUUCCAAGAGGAAGAAGCUUCUCUAUAGGUCCAAGACCAAGCCCUCUGAUUGAAGAACUAUGCUUGGGACAAUUUCUUGUGGCUCUUCAGUAAAACUGGAAUUUGUUCAUUUAUAGAUUUUUUCUACCCCCCUGUUUCAUAUUAAAUUUAGUGUUAAGAGUCUGGGAUAUUUAUUUAAUAUUUGUUGGGAUUUUUUUUGUGAACAAUUGUUGGUGUUUUGACUGUUUGUGUGGUCUUUGAUAUAAUGGGAAAAAGCAAGGAGAACAUCAGUGACAGUGUAUACAGGGUUGUGUUAAUGUGGACAGAACUUUUGAUAUUUUAGUUCAUACUUUUUUGUUUCUGGGAAACUCUUGUGUACAGCUUAUGUUGCUGUUCUUGCUUUUUGUGCAUGAUUGAUGGUUAAUUAAUGCUUCCUUAA